AGUUCGAAUCCUUAGUACAGGUCUCCUGCGUGAGCAGGGGGUUGGACUAAAUGACCUCCAAGGUCCCUUCCAACUCUGUUACUAUUGCUGCCUUGGUGUGACAUGAACAUGAACAAAAACAACUUGAGACAGCCUGGCCUUCUCCACCCGCAAGGCUGAAACCACACCGUGGCUGGCUGGAGAUGAUUAAAAAAUUGUGUGUUCCUCCUUUGACUCACAAGAGGAAAACCAAACUGCCACCAAGAAGCGAUAACCUUUUCAGAGGGCUAAUUUUGGCCACUUGUUCAAAAAUGCUUCCCUCCUUCUUGAGUGGAAUUAAUGAUGGUAAAAGGCAUUGCCAAACAUCCAAACAAGGUGCAAAUAUGAAGUUUGCUCUCCUGAAUGUAUUGGUGGAAAUAAUUCUCCUGAGGAAAGGACAAGGUAACGAAGCUACCGAGGGGUCAUCUUGGAUCUUGGAGGUGAAGGAAUAUGCCAUCUUGGUGAAAAAGCUCAUUCAUGAACCUGGGGAGGAGGCCUCCAUUCCCUGUGAAGAGGUGGGCUAUCAAACACAUUUGUUUUGGCUCCCUCUGAAUCCCAAAUGUGCGAACACCAGCACAGAAAGAGUGGAAAUAAACUGGAAUCCCGCCAGGAAUGAAGUAAUUCCUCUUCGGUUCGACCAGCGCCUGGUUUACCAGCCUCCACAAUUACUAAUCCUUAAGAACCUCAUCAUGAGUGAUUCGGGGAUUUACAUCUGUCGCUUAUCCAAUGGUUCAGAAACUCACACCAUCCUGGAGGUGACUACAGGCUGCCACAACAAUAUCUUGGUCUCCUCCCACUGGCUCAGUAUCUCCUAUUUGCGGCUCACAUGCCAACUUUGCAAUAACCGGAAUACGGACAGUUUCCGAUGGCUGUUCAACUCCAAGCGACUAGGCAACCACCGUUGGGCUAAGAAAAGCAACAUGGGCUCUUCGGUAUUAUUACAUCCCAUCAGGGAUAAGAUAUGGGGACGCUGGGAGUGCCAGUCUAUUUUCAAUCCUGAGUGGAGUUCUGAAAUUUGCUUGAGUUCACCCAUUGGAGAGACGGAUGAAAUUCCUGAAUAUAUCGAUUCUACUCAGCCCACCUGGUCAGCAUUAUCUGAUUGGUCAAGUCCUGCUACCAUUCAGACGACCGAAGUUGUGCAGAGACACCAUGCUGUGGAUAGAACUGCUACCUGGAUUUGGAUGCUGCUGUUAGCUGGUCUGGCUCUGAUCAUAGCUGCCCUGAGUGUGACCUUAUAUUUUUGGAAAAAAGAUUUUUCAAACAGGGCGACUGGUGAAAGAAUGGAGCAUACAGAUUUUGCUUCUGCGAGAAAUCCCAUCAGAAAGGAGAAAAUAGGCAAACAAGAGAGUUUGGAUGAGAGAUCGGCUUCCCUUUAUUAUGCUCAGCUGCAACUUCUCCAAGGAAAAUCUCCCCCCGUUCAGACUCCAGACAAUGCCACAGUAUAUGCUGUGAUCGUUUGAUGUUAUCUUUCAUCCCUUCCUACAUGCACUUGAAGUCUGCAUCUUUUACCUGACUGUAUUGUUACCUGUUAAGCUUCAGUUGGGUUCUGCUUCUAACAGCAGGGUAUAGAGCCCAUCAGGCACAGAACCUAGCAGGUUUUCCCAGCUCCAAGUAUUGAACGAGCAUGUUCCUUGACUACAUGUUUCCUUGCAGAAGGGUGGGACAAGAUAUAGUUGAGCCGUGGUGGCACAGUGGUUAGAGUACUGCAGGCUACUUCUGCUGCCUGCCGGCUGCCUGCAAUUCAGCAGUUCAAAUCUCACCUGGCUCAAGGUUGAAUUCAGCCUUCCAUCCUUCCGAGGUGGGUAAAAUGAGGACCCAGAUUGUUUGGGGGGCAAUAGGCUGACUCUGUAAACUGCUUAGAGAGGGCUGUAAAAGCACUGUAAAGCGAUAUAUAAGUCUAAGCGCUAUUGCUAUAAGACAUAGUAAAGUAUUUAAUUUGUUUAAUUAUGGGAUAUUUUUAAAAUUUAGCCAAAUUGUUUAAUCUGUUUUAAUCUAUUUUAAAUUUUGUAUCUCUGUGUUUUAUCUUUUGGCUGUUCACCGCCCUGAGUCCUUCGGGAGAAGGGCGGUAUAGAAAUUUAAUAAAAUAAAAUAAAAUAAAUAUUAGUACUACCUUUGGAAGGGUGGGUUACAGCAAGCUUGAGAACUACAAUAUCCAUUUUGGCACGCCUAACAAAAUUUAUGCCCAUGCAGCAACACCAAAGUGCAAGGAGAUAAUAUCACCCCCUUCUUUCUUGGGACCUGUUCAGAGGUGGUAUUCAGCCGGUUCGGACUGGUUUGGGCGAAUCCACCCCAGCGUAAUGCUUUCCUAUUUAGCCAAGUUUUCAAAGCUGGGCGCAUGUGCGGAAGGUGUGCGUGCAAAGUGCAUGCACGGAAGGCUGGCACGUACACGGAAGGCACACACGUGCAACAAACCAGUGGUAAGAAUAUUGGAAACCCAUCCCUGGGCCUGUUAAUAGAAACCUCCUUAUGUACAUGUAUCCAAACUAUAUGCAAAAUAGCUCUACAGCUAGUUCUUGAGAUGUCCUUAGACAACAAGGGCAUUUUUGCCAAAAGCCGAAACAAAACAGAGAAAAGCUUUCUCCUCUUGUCUUGGAGUUGAAUCAUGGCAAUUGGACUUUUCUUUUCCUUUUUUGUUUGUUUGUUUAUUUGAAAUGUUUCCCUGCUUAUCCAAGUAGCUUCUUCAGUCUGAGCAACCCGUUCCCUAGAGAUGGGUUUCAGCAGGUUCUGACCAAUUCUGGAGAACCGGUAGCGGAACUUUUGAGUAGUUCGGAGAAUAGGUAGUAAAAAUUCUGACUGGCCCUGCCCCCAUCUAUUCUCUGCCUCCCGAGUACCAGCUGAUUGGGAGGAAAUGGGGAUUUUGUAGUAACCUUCCCCUGGAGUGGGGUGGGAAUGGAGAUUUUACAGUAUCCUUCCCCUGCCACGCCCACCAAGCCAUGCCACACCCACCAAGCCACACCCACAGAACCAGUAGUAAAAAUUUUUUGAAACCCACCACUGCCAUUCCCCCUAGCCAACUUACUCAGACUGAGGAAGCUACUUGGAUAAGCAGUGAAACGUUUCAAACCAACAGGAAAAGAAGUCCAGUUUCCAUAACUCAACUUCCAGACAUCUCUACCUGGAGGACUUGAGAAUCUUCAUUGCCACGUUUCUCUUUUUGGUUCCCGCCUUAUCAUGGCGGCACAGUGGUUAGAAUGCAGUACUGCAGGCUAUUUCUGCUGACUGCCAGCUGCCUGCAGUUUGGCAGCUCGAAUCCCACCAGGCUCAAGGUUGAACUCAGUCUUCCGUCCUUCCGAGGUUGGUAAAAUGAGGACCCAGAUUGUUUGGGGGCAAAUAUGCUGACUCUGUAAAACCGCUUAGAGAGGGCUUGUAAAGCACUGUGAAGCGGUAUAUAAGUGCUAUUGCUAUUGCUACUUUCCUACAACCACAGAGAUUGAAAUGUACUUGGGGCUCCUGUAUUUUUAUCACCUUGUAAAUUUAAUGUAAAUUUAUGAUUGCAGCAGAAAAACAGAAAUCAUUUCUAAUGUAGCGGUAUAAACAUAAUAAAUAUCCAGUACCAGCCACGGAUUCCUGGGAAUUGAGAUCUUUCUUUCCUUCCUGUAUAUGUUGUUGAUUUACAAAAUACAC